CCCGACUCCCCAGUCAAGCCGCUCGUUUAGAUCUUCUCCGCCGCCCGAGCCCCGUCGCCGAUCUCCGCCAGUCACUGCCUUCGUUCGCCGCCGUUUGUCGGAUUUUGGCUUGUGGUGAAGUUUUGGGUAAGAUAUGAGUCUUUUAGAAUUUUCUUGAAGAUUUUGGUUAGGAUCUUCUUUCUGGCGUUGGGUCGUGUUAGGUUACUGCAUCGGUGACCGAGGAGGGCUAUAGGAAAAAUACACGGUCAGAAGUGAAGAUGUUGCUGAAGCAAAGAUACUUGGACCGCAGAAGGAUUACUUCCGCCCUUCUUGCUAACUACCCCCCUGCUUUAUCAGUGCCCGCUUGGAAUUCCAAAGGUUCCACUUUCUUCACUCGUACUUCUUUUCACCUCUUCUUCUCUCUCUCUCUCUCUCUCUAUAUAUAUAUAUAUAGAUAGAUAGUAUACUUCUUGCACUUCUCUAAUCUCAAUACACGAUUCCAUUUGUUUGCAUUUAUCUUGCUAAUCGGCAAUCACUCCUCAAUUUCAUGUGAGUUCGCUGCAUUUCUUUCCUGCCUCCGCCUCGCUCCCCUACUGUACCCUGGAAUUAUAACGAAAUUAAUGACUCAAAUUCUACUUUGGAUUAGAAGCAAGUUAGGAUUAUCAAACCCUUUUUCGUGUUCUUGAAGCCUGCAGACUCGUCCCCUUGAGUUCCAAAACUGUUAUUGAAACCCAUGCACGGAUUAUUAAAUUUGGAUAUGGAAGCUACCCAGCUCUCAUCACCUCUCUAGUAUCGACUUAUCAACGUGCCGGUUGCCUUAAUCGGGUCCAUCAACUUCUUGAUCUACUCUGCUCUAAGCAUCUUGAUUUAGUUGAAAUGAACUUGCUCAUUGAAAAUUUUACGAAAGUCGGGGAGUGCAAAUUUGCUAAUGAGGUAUUUUAUAAAAUGCCUUACCGUGAUGUGGUAACAUGGAACUCAAUCAUUGGAGGUUGUGUGAAGAAUGCACAUUAUGAUGAGGCGUUUAGAUUCUUUAGACAGAUGCUGAACUCAAAUAUUCAGCCGGACGGAUUUACAUUUGCUUCCGUAUUGAAUGCAUGUGCUCAGCUCGGAACGCCAAGUAACACGCAGUGGGUUCAUGCUCUGAUGACUCAGAAAAAAAUUGAGCUUAAUUCUAUAUUAAGUUGUGCACUCAUAGACGCGUACUCAAAGUGUGGUAGCAUCCAAAUUGCAAAGGAAAUGUUUAGUUGCGUCCCUCACAGUGACGUCUCAGUUUGGAAUGCGAUGAUCAAAGGGCUUGCUAUUCAUGGUCUUGCAACGGAUGCAUUAUCGUUAUUCUUGAUGAUGGAGCGUGAGAAUGUUCUGCCUGAUGCUGUCACCUUUUUGGGUAUUUUAACAGCCUGCAACCAUGGUGGUUUAAUUGACCAGGGCCGCAGGUAUUUUGAAUGGAUGAGAAGCCGUUAUUCAAUUCAGCCACAGCUUGAGCAUUACGGAGUCCUGGUUGAUCUCUAUAGCCGAGCUGGGUUUCUGGAAGAGGCCUACUCCCUAAUCGUGGCAAUGCCAAUAGAGCCAGAUGUUGUCACAUGGAGGACGCUUCUGAGUGGUUGUAGAAUUUACAGAAAUCAAGAACUCGCAGAAGUUGCUAUUACAAAUAUGUCUCAUCGUAAGAGUGGAGAUUACGUGUUAUUAUCAAAUAUCUAUUGUUCUCUCAACAAAUGGGAGCAUGCAGCAACAGUUAGAAAGAUGAUGAAAAUCAAUGGAGUUCGUAAGAAAUGUGGAAAAAGCUGGAUUGAGUUGGGAGGUACCAUUCAAAACUUCAAGUCGGGUGAUCGAUCGCAUCCGGAAAGUGAUGCAGUAUACAGAGUGCUGUGCAGUUUGAUGAAGAGAACUCGGUCAGAGGGAUAUAUGCCUGUGACAGAGUUGGUUUUCAUGGAUAUCUCUGAAGAGGAGAAGGAAGAGAACUUAUCAUUUCACAGCGAAAAGGUGGCAUUGGCUUAUGCGAUCCUGAAAACUAGUCCUGGGGCAAAGAUCAGUAUAUCAAAGAAUCUGCGGAUCUGUGAUGAUUGCCAUACAUGGAUAAAACUAGUUUCAAGAGUGCUCUGCAGAGCUAUAGUAGUGAGGGAUCGAAUCCGGUUUCAUCAAUUUGAAGGUGGCAUGUGUUCCUGUGGUGAUCGUUGGUAGAAUUAUUUAUUGUAUUUUUUCUUACAAAAAUGUAAUGUAAAUAUGGAAAACAAGCACACCAUUUCUAUUAACAAACACUUGCAGGCAUAAGUUUGAAGGGUAAAAUGGGCAUUUAUUGAAAAAGUUGAAGGCAAAA